GUCUCCGCCAAAGCCACCAUGAAAGCGUUCCCCGCGUUCUUGUGCGCCCUUGUCGGUGUGCUAUUCUCUGAGCAGCUUGCUCUUGUAUUUCGAAACAUUUCUGCUGGUCCGUCGGCAGCACCGUCAAUAUGAGCAGCUACACGUACAUCUACAACUCGCAGCUCGAUGCCUUCUCGCUCUACCAUCUCACGCACGAGCAGGCGACGAAACCCAGCGCCCUCGGCCCAGCCCUCCCAGCCCUCGGCCAUGCAACGUCGGGCGCGUUGGGCACUGCCAUCUCGAAGCUCAUCACGUACCCUCUCGACCUCGUCGUUGCGCGCCUCCAAGUUCAGAAGCAGCUUCAGGGUGAAAACGAAAAACCUCGAUACGAUGGCAUUCUUGAUGCGAUUGAAAAGAUCUACGAGCGCGAAGGGGGAAUAUCAGCCUUCUACAAUGGUGUCCCGCACGAGGUAUUCAAGGGCGUCACGGACAGCUUCCUGUUCUUCCUCGCGUACUCGUACGUGAGGCAGAACCGACUGGCUGCUCAAGGCGGACGAAAGAGCUUGGGCGCUUUGGAGGAGAUCGGUGUAGGCGUGGUGGCCGGCGCCUUCUCCAAGCUGUGCACGACACCCAUCCAGAACAUUGUCACCAGGAAGCAGACGGCAGCCAUGACUGCGCUCGACGGCAGCACAGGUAUACCACCAGCGUCGAGCGCAAGAGACAUUGCGUAUGAGAUCAGGAAGGAGAAGGGCUUGCAGGGCUUCUGGUCAGGCUACUCAGCCAGCCUCAUCUUGACGCUGAAUCCGUCCCUUACCAUGCUGCUGCACAAGGUGCUGUUGCGACUCUUGGUACCGCAUGGCAAGCGCGACGACCCCGGCGCACGAAUCACGUUCUUGAUUGCGGCGACGAGCAAGGCAUUGGCCUCUACCCUCACCUACCCAUUCCAGCUUGCGAAGACGCGGGCUCAGGUCUCAUCUCAAAAGCCCAGCGACGCUUCCGGCGAGACAUCUGAGUUCGAGAAAACAGAGAAGCCAUUGCGGUCGAAAGCCGUUCGUGCCAGACAGCGCACUGUCUUUGCCACUAUUCUGCGCAUUGCACAGACCGAGGGCUUCCAGGGCUUGUAUCAGGGUCUCGGCGGGGAGGUCCUUAAGGGCUUCUUCUCUCACGGCAUCACCAUGCUGAUGAAGGAGCGCAUCCACGCCGCCAUAAUUUCUCUAUACUACAGCGUGCUGAAAUCCAUGGAACGCUUUCCCAAUGCCGAACAGCUCAAGGAAAUGGCAGCAGAAGGCAUUGAAGACGGCAAGGGGCGUGUGAGCGAUGCGUACACCAAGGGCGUGGAGGUUGCCGGACAAGCAGCGGAAAAGGUUCAGGAAGCUGUUGCACAAGGGUCUCAGCAGGCUCAGGACCUCUACGCGAGCAGCAAGGAGCAAAUCAGUGAAGCGUACGGCAGGGCCACCGACACAGUGAGCAGUGGUUCGCAGCAGGCACAGAGCCUAGCGGAAGGCGCGAAGGAGCAAGCAAGGGGGGCAUACAACAAUGCAGCUGAGGCAGCUCAGUCUGUCUCGUCGACAGCAGAGGCACAAGCCAGCAAGAUUGGCGAUGCAGCACAGUCCGCCAGCUUGACUGCCCAGGACCCCGCUAGCGGUUCGUACGCAAAAGCCACUGAUGUCACCGAGCCAGUGGCCUUGACAGCACAGGGCAAGGCCAGCGAGGUAUACAACAAGUACGCCCAAGCGGCAGAUUCUCCCACAGCCAGCGCCCAGCAAGCGGUCAGCACCGAAUCGCAGUCUGUCAGUCUGGUGGAGAAGGGCAAGGAGAUCGCCAACAAUGCGCAGGAGCAGUCGAGAGACAUUGCAGACAGUUACGGCAAGAAGGAGUAAUGCUGAAGGCAGGGAUCGAAUGGUAGCAGACUGUAUAUAUACCCAGGUUUUCUUCUCACGUGCAUAUGAUAAUUUCAUGAUGGUGUUCUGGGUUCCCCUG